GACAACACACUAUUUAACACCGGCGCUUGUUAUUAUUUAUAAAUUAAAAUUAGUCGUCACAUCAUUAAAGUUUUCUGAUUUCGGUAUUUCAUAAUGAUGAAAUUAUCUUUAAAUAAAUUUUCAAUAAGGACGACGACGAAUAAAAACGUUUUUAAUAUUUAUCAAGCAAUUAAUAAUAAAAUUGUUUGUAAUGUAAGAAAUUAUUCGGAAGGUAAACAAGAUUUAACAUAUCAAGAGAAAUUCAAUAUUAAGCAUGAAACACUUGAUGGAAAGAGACCUUUAUAUUUAGAUGCUCAGGCAACAACGCCGAUGGAUCCCAGAGUCUUAGAUGCUAUGUUACCAUACAUGUUAAAUUUAUUUGGUAAUCCUCAUUCUAGAACUCAUGCUUAUGGAUGGGAAACAGAAAAAGCAGUAGAAGAUGCAAGAAAACAGGUUGCUGACUUAAUUGGAGCUGAUCCAAGGGAAAUUAUUUUUACAUCUGGCGCAACAGAAUCAAAUAAUAUAUCGGUGAAAGGCGUUGCAAGAUUUUAUGCUUCACGAAAAAAACAUGUAAUUACAACUCAAACUGAACAUAAAUGUGUUUUAGAUUCAUGUCGUGCUUUAGAAAAUGAAGGGUUUAAAGUUACUUAUUUGCCAGUCAAACAAAAUGGUAUAAUUGAUAUGAAUGAACUAGAAAAAAGCAUAACCCCAGAAACAUCCUUGGUGUCUAUAAUGACUGUAAAUAAUGAAAUAGGUGUUAAACAACCCGUGUCUGAUAUUGGAGCCCUUUGUCGUUCUAAAAAAGUGUUUUUCCAUACAGAUGCUGCCCAAGCAGUUGGAAAAAUUCCAAUAGAUGUUAAUAAAAUGAAUAUUGACCUAAUGUCAAUAUCAGGUCAUAAAUUAUAUGGACCUAAAGGGAUUGGCGCUUUAUUUGUUCGACGUAAGCCACGUGUUAGAUUGGAACCAAUUCAAAGUGGUGGCGGACAAGAAAGAGGUUUACGUAGUGGCACUGUACCUGCCCCUUUAGUUGUAGGCUUGGGUAAAGCAUGUCAAUUGGCUAUUGAAGAAAUAGACUACGAUCAUAAAUGGAUAGAAUUUUUAUCUAACAGAUUAAUAGAUAAAAUAACAUCUCAAUUACCACAAGUGAUCCGAAAUGGUGAUCCUAAACAAACAUAUAGCGGCUGUGUUAAUUUAUCAUUUGCAUAUGUUGAAGGUGAAUCCUUAUUAAUGGCACUAAAAGAUGUUGCAUUAUCUAGUGGUUCAGCUUGUACUUCUGCAUCUUUGGAGCCAUCUUAUGUUUUGAGGGCAAUUGGAGCAGACGAAGAUUUGGCACAUAGUUCUAUCAGAUUUGGAAUUGGACGUUUUACAACAUUGGAAGAAGUUGAUUAUACAGCUGAAAAAUGUAUAAAACAUGUCGAAAGAUUAAGAGAAAUGUCACCGCUUUGGGAAAUGGUACAAGAAGGUGUCGACAUUAAAACAAUUAAAUGGUCCCAACAUUAGAUUGUAACAAUAAUUUUACAAAUUUGUUGACAUUUGAAAUGCUCGAAAUUUUUUUUGUCCGUAUUUGUUUUCGCUUCUUUUUUCAAGACCAUUUUAUUAAUAGAUAUGAUAAAGACUAAGCAAAUAUUGAUUUUAGCAAUUAGCGAAUAAUUUCUGGAUAAAUAUUUGAUUUUCGCUGUUUGUAACAAUUUUUAAUCAAAACUAAAACUCUUGUGAAUAAAAGCUUUAUUUAAUAACAAAAAAACACUUAAAUAAUGUUAUUCUAUUGGGAUGACUAAAUUUAUAUAAAAACAUACAAAACAGAAAGAUGGAAUCCAGGAAAUCGUGAAAUUUUCAAAAACAAAAAAGAUGAAAAAUUAAGUUUUUAUGUAACUAUAUUCAUAUUUAAACGGCUAGUAGGAAUGUUUAUUAAAAAAUCUUUCAGUUUUAUUUAAAAACACUACACCAUUGUUAAAAUUUAAUAAACAAUUCAAUAAUUUAAUUAAAAUAUAAAAUUAAAACAAUAUAAAAUUGUAUAUUAAAUACAAGUAAAUAAUAAUUUUAAAGCAACAUA